UUUAGUGACUUGUUGAUUUGAUUUGUUCUUCAGAGCCACCAUAUUAAAUAGUUUUGAAAAAGUCAAAUAUUUUGAAAUGAUUUAUUUAUUUGCUUGUUUCCUUUUAGUGUAAGUCGUGUAAUUUUCUGACGGUCCCUUAGACUUGCCGCUUGUUGCUUUGAAUCAUCGCAUUGAUAACCUUAGAAAAUAAAAGCCUUAAAACCAGAACAGCUGAUAGGAUGAAGCGAAAGCUUUUUUUUUUUUCUAUCAGCUUGUUUGUUGAUUCGACGGGUUGGUCCCGGAAGAAGCAGUUCUGUCCUGCUGGUAUUAAUUCAUUUGCAUUACAUGUUAAACUCGUUUUUUUUUUUUUUUUUUUUCUUUUUGCGUAACAGCAUGAAGUUGUGUGACAGGAUCGCCUGCUCCUGCUCCUGUCACUUCCCAAACAAACGCUCAGGAAAUAAAAGCAUGAAGAAGCUGUAAGGAGGGACUGACGGCGGCGGUUCCGAUGGAAAACUCUGCGUUUUGUGUCCGACUGUCCCUGAAGCAGCGAUACUUUUCCCUGCUUUGCAUCGCCGUCCUGGUAAUGUUCGUCUAUCGUCUGAGAAGGAACCAGCCUGAAGUAAAAAUGCAUCGAGUCAUUGAAGGACUGAAGGCCGACUCGUCUCAUUUCACCUUGGAGAAGAAACCCUUCCUCAUCCUCGGAGGCUCCAUCCACUACUUCCGCGUCCCCAAAGCCUACUGGGAGGACCGCCUGCUGAAGCUGAAGGCCUGUGGCCUCAACACUCUCACCACUUAUGUGCCGUGGAACCUGCACGAGCCGGAGCGAGGGGUGUUUGACUUCGAAGAGGAGCUCGACUUGGAAGCUUACCUUCGCCUUGCCGCCAGUUUGGGUAUUUGGGUGAUUCUACGUCCAGGACCGUACAUCUGUGGUGAAUGGGAUUUAGGUGGACUCCCCAGUUGGCUUCUGCGAGACCAGAACAUGAGGCUGAGAACGACCUACCCAGGAUUCACAGAGGCGGUCAACUCCUACUUUGAUCACCUCAUUAAGAAAGUGGUUCCAUACCAGUACUCCCAUGGAGGCCCAAUCAUUGCAGUUCAAGUGGAGAAUGAAUAUGGUUCCUAUGCCACGGAUGAAGAGUACAUGCCUUUCAUCAAGGAGGCGUUAUUGUCCAGGGGCAUCACAGAGCUGCUGCUGACCUCCGAUAACAAGGAUGGGCUAAAGCUUGGGGGAGUGAAAGGAGCUCUGGAAACAAUCAAUUUUCAGAGACUGGAUCCAGAGGAAGUCAAGUAUCUUGAACAAAUUCAACCUCAGAAACCAAAGAUGGUGAUGGAGUAUUGGUCUGGCUGGUUUGAUUUAUGGGGUGGUCUGCAUCAUGUGUUUUCUGCUGAGGACAUGUUGACUGUUGUCACAGAAAUUCUGAAGCUGGACAUGUCCAUCAAUCUUUACAUGUUCCACGGAGGGACCAAUUUUGGUUUCAUGAGUGGUGCAUUUGCAGUGGGAAGGCCGUCACCAGCACCUAUGGUAACAAGCUAUGAUUACGACGCUCCAUUAUCCGAGGCGGGGGAUUACACCACCAAGUAUCAUCUUCUGAGGAAUUUAUUCAGCCACCACCAUGCCACACCUCUACCUAAACUACCCGCAGCCUCAGAGAGGAGCUCGCACCGCCCAAUAAUCGUCCGGCAGCACAUGUCCCUGUGGAGCAUUCUGGACCUCAUUGAGCAGCCCUUCAAGUCAGAGAAGCCGGUGAACAUGGAGAACCUCCCCGUCAACAAUAACAAUGGUCAAGCAUAUGGCUACACGCUAUACGAGACGACCAUCAGCAGUGGAGGAAGCCUCAAAUCCCUGAACAACAUCAGAGACCGAGCGCUGGUUUUUGUGGAAAAACAGUUUGUUGGUGUUCUGGACUAUAAGGAGCAAGAGCUUUCAAUACCUGAUGGAAAGGGGAAGCGAACUUUAGGACUACUUGUGGAGAAUUGUGGACGAGUGAAUUAUGGAAAAACUAUGGAUGAACAGCGCAAAGGCAUUGUUGGAGAUAUCCAGUUAAAUGCAAACAUCCUUCGAGACUUCAUUAUUCACAGUUUGGAUAUGAAGCCAGACUUUGUAAACAGGCUGCAAAGCUCAACUCACUGGACAUCUAUGCGAGAGAAACCCUCUUACCCUGCAUUUUUCCAAACCAGACUCUAUCUGAGCAGCUCUCCUAAGGACACUUUUAUCAAACUCCCUGGCUGGAGCAAAGGUGUCGUUUUUGUCAAUGGGAGGAACUUAGGCCGCUACUGGUCUGUGGGCCCGCAGCAGACGCUCUACGUCCCAGGUGCCUGGCUCAACAGAUGGGACAACGAGGUCAUUGUGUUUGAAGAGCUGGAAACGGAUGGUAAAAUCCAGUUCAGCAGCAGCCCUGACUAUGGCAUGACUGUUGAUGUCCAGUGAGAGACGGAACAGGGGGACAUCCUCCAGCCCCCGGAGGGCUUCUGGGAGCAGCUGAUGUGAACUGUGUUUACACUGGAUCAGGUACUCCGCCCGGGUCGGCAGAACCCACAAGAGACCGAUUAUUAUUAUUUUUUCCAUUGUGAUUUAAUUUUGGUCUUUUUAAAAAGAACAUGUUUUUA